GGAGUAUACAAAAAAUCGAAACAAAUAAUCAUUCAAAACAUUUCAUUGUCAAAUAGAUAGCAUAAAAAAGCAUGUUUCAAGAUAUUGUGGAAGUAUAGAAGUGGGAGUGGCGUUUGGAGAUGGAUGAUCGAGGGCCAGUCAGAUAUAUAGCGUAACAAUCACCUGGUUAACUUCAUCGCUGUGAAGAAUGAAGAUGAAGAUUUGCCUCUUGCUGUCCUAUUAAGGUUGACGAAUAUCAGGUUGUUGGAGGAUCGCUAUGCAGUUUUAGAUUUUAUUUAAAGAAUAGCUUACAUGGAAAUGUCAAAUAAGAUUGUUCAAGGUACCAAAACAAAUUAUAUAAUGUUAAGGGCACCGAAGAGCUACCCAAUAAAUAAUUAAUUCGGUUCUGGUAAUAGAAAUCAACGUCAAGCUGUAGACGUUUGGUGGCAUGGCUUAUUGGCGUGAUGGCCUGCCCCUGUCUGUUCCUUUAUUCACCAAAGCGAACCUUUGUAAUCAAUCCUGAUUUGUGCUGUAUAUCUCUUCCUGUUACCGGUGCUGGAAAAAAAAAUCCUCAAAUCGGUAGUUUUAUUAAAAAUUAGAUAAUUUGACAUUACUUUUCCUAUCCUCCAUAUAUUCAUGUUGGUUCAAGUUACUUCAACCCGCUAUUCAAUCAAUCUGGCCAUCGAUCUCGCGAUCCAUCAUGGAGUGAAGAAGGAAAGGGUUGGUGAAGAUGGAAGGCCAAUCAGAGAGAUUUACUGUCAAUUUUUUGAUGGGAGGAGCAGCAGCCAUCUUUGCAAAAACUGCUGCAUCGCCAUUAGAAAGAGUAAAGCUUUUGCUGCAAAAUCAAGGUGAGUUGAUUAAAACAGGACAUUUAAAAAGACCUUAUAUGGGUAUAGGUGACUGCUUCCAUAGAGUUUUGAGAGAGGAUGGUCUUCUGUCCUUCUGGAGGGGUAACCUGGCCAAUGUCAUUCGAUACAUCCCAACCCAGGCUAGCAAUUUUGCAUUCAAAGAUUACUUCAAAAGCCUCUUUGGGUGUUCGAAAGAAGAAGAUGGGUAUGCAAAGUGGUUUGCUGGAAAUCUAGCCUCAGGAAGUGCUGCCGGAGCAACCACGUCAUUAUUUCUUUAUCACUUAGACUAUGCACGAACUCGGCUCGCAAUGGAUGCUAGGGAAUGCCUCAUUAAUGGAAGACGCCAAUAUAAGGGACUGGUAGAUGUUUAUGGCAAAACAUUAUCAAGUGAUGGCAUCAUUGGGCUCUAUAGGGGAUUUGGUGUUUCAAUUAUAGGUAUAACUUUGUAUCGAGGAAUGUACUUUGGAAUCUAUGACUCCCUGAAACCGGUUGUUUUAUUUGGACCCUUACAG